CCCGGCGCUGCAACCCAGUGCGAGCGAAAGCCCCGGCGAGCGACGCAGCAGCAGCAGCCGACGCGCCGGCAGGAUGGCGACCCCAGCACGGGGUGUCCGGUCUACCCGGAAGCUGCGGCAGUGGAUCGUGGAGCAGGUGGAGAGUGGGAAAUUCUCUGGGCUGGUGUGGGACGACCCCGCGAAGACGAGGUUCCGCAUCCCCUGGAAACACGCCGGGAAGCAGGAGUUCCGUCUUGAAGAGGACGCCGGCUUCUUCAAGGCUUGGGCCAUCUUUAAAGGAAAGUACCACCCAGGGGAACGCUUCGAUCCUGCCGUCUGCAAGACCCGUAUCCGCUGUGCCUUGGCUAAGAGUCCUGAGUUCGAGGAGAUGCCAUCGCGCGCCAGGCUGGAUAUCCCAGAGCCCUACAAGGUGUAUCGCCUGGUCCCGCUGUCUGAGCAGCAAACUGGGAACUCAUCCCGGAAGUCCAAGAAGAAUAAGCUGGGAGCUUCCAGUGGGACCUCAAAGGAGGGGAGAAGAAGCCCCCCCGAAAGUGUCCCUCAGAGGUCCUGCGCCCUUUCCCUGCCGAAUACGGAUCGAAGCGCCCCGUCGGAGGCCACGUCGAGCCCCUCUCUGAACGCUGCGGCUACUCUCACCAUUCUUGAAGAGGAGUUAAGCCUUCAGUCCGGUGAACCAGCUCCUGACGUGACGGAGAUCGCCCUUUGUGUGAAGGCCGAGACUCUGCCGGUAGAGAUGCCUCUGGUGGUGAGAAUAGAGGAGUUCUCCAUCCAGAUGUCCGUCUUCUACAGCGGCGUGCUGGUUCAGAGCUUCUGGCUCCCGCAAGGCGACUUUCUGAUCACGUCCGUUCCCGCGCCGCUGGAAGCGCCAUGUAACCGGAUGCACCGUGUGGUGCUGCCACGUCCAGACGGGGUAGAGGACCCUCGAAAGCAGAAGGCCACCCUGCAGUUGCUGAAGGAUCUGGAGAAGGGUGUGAUGGCCGAGAGUAACUGGGAAGGGAUAUUCUUCCAGUGCCAGAGGAAGUGCAAAGCCAGCGUCUGUUGGCAGGGACUCACGGAAUCCCAGGCCUCUGGGAAGCUGGACAGCGACCAUUUCCUUCACGUGUUUAGUCCCAAGGCAUUCCGGUCAGCCUGGGACCGGUACCUGCUUGGCUUAGGUCCUAAGCCGGAACACCAAGUUACGCUGUGUAUAGGGGAAGAACUGGAGGGAAAUGAUCGUUUGAAUAAUAAGCUCAUCGUCAUUCAGAUGGCACAGAAUUUUGCGGCCCGACUGAUUGAGGUGAAACAGAUAUCUACCCUGGAUUCCAUCACGCUGUCGUUGACAUUUCCACACCCCUCAGCCUGAAAAUUUGGCAGCGUCUGGUUCCUACUUUCCCCCUUGAUGAACAUGACCCUGGACACCAAAGCUCCCGUCUGGGUCGUGGAGUCUGAGAUAGCACUUUGUGGGCUGAACAAUUCCAUUCUCCUCUCAGCAUGCAACUUCUGGAGUUCCUGUGGGGCAUGGCCCCCUCUGUUCCUUAGGGUGUAAGCGUGGACUUACUCCAUCUGCGCGAAAUUGUAGCCAUUAUAUGUAAACUUGUGAAAACACUAGAGUGACCAAGAAGCAGUGACUUCUAUAUGUGAUUGAUCCCGGUUGCGUUUUGAGACUGAGGGAUUUCCUUUUUGGAAUACCGGUAGGGGUGGCGAGCAAAUUCUGUAAUCUGCGCCCAUCUUCUGUGUCUGCUAGAAUCCCCACUCCUGUUCUUUUUGCACUUUACUUGAAACGACGACCGUGAGGCAUUUUCCUAUAGCAACAAUAAAAGCCUUAUAGAUAUGUGUGCCUGACGUCUGCCUGUGGUGUUCUUUUGAUACAACCGAAUUAAUGCUAAAAACCUGGAUGAACUCAAGAGCUCCCGUCUCACCAUGACUUCGAGUGAAGUCCCUUCGUUUCUGCAAGACUCUCGGGGUUAUGCUUUAAAGCUGUUUCGAACCUUAAUACUGGUGAAAUGCAAAUUGCACAGUUGAUUCCGCUAACGUUGGGAGCGGGUUUUGUCAACCCUUGUCUUUAGUUUGAUGCUUAUCUUUGUAACGGUGAGUGUUUGUCCAGUCCCGCCAAACCUAAGGACAAGGAUCCACUGCGCCGUUGGGCACCAAGGUGCCUGCCAACCAGUGUUCCCUCUAAGUUGAGUGAGUGCGAGCUACCUCACAGUUUUUUAGCCUCC